AUGGACAACGCUGCUCCUCUCCGUUGGAUCAAGAAAUCGGGCCGCUCCAAGCGACCACGGCCCCACUGGAGCGACGAUGAAUACGACGCCGCAUUGUCCCUUCUCCUCCUCUCCGAGUCCGGCGGCGGUUUCUGCAAUUCCACCACCGCUGAACCAAAAAUCUCCCCUCCCAAGCCAAAUCAAGAAACCCCUCCCUCCGCCGCGACUCGCUCCCCUUUGAUCAUCAAAAUCAAAAGGAAAGAAACAGCCUCCCCCGACACGCUGCUGCGGCCGCCUCCGGCCUACGCGUGCUCGAUGGUUCAUGAGUGCUUGGUCUGCCAUGAGGCGUUCGACUCCGGCCAGGCGUUGGGCGGACACAAGAGAAAGAAGCACUUUGAUAAAUCCAAACUCGCCAGAAAAGGCGGUGGCUCGGCUUCUGGCAGCGGGAGAGCAGCUCUGACGACGGAAGCGCCUCCUCCAGAUGCUAGACGGAUGUUGAUGUUCGACUUGAAGCUGCCGCCGCCCCCGGAGUAG